UCAGUAACAGUUGAUUGUAAUGUCAGUGCAGUCCAAUUUAUAGGUUGGAGCAGAAACUGCUUACUGCAUUUCCCUGAAGUAUUAUAUGAUUUCCAUUCCUUGCAAACUUUAUCAUCUUCGUUGCAGUGAGUUGGAAACCAAUAUGCAUUGCAAGGGUACAAUCAUAUACAUCAGAUUUCUCUUGCGGUUUCUUCUGCUCUGUGUGCUCUUUGGGAAGUCACACACUGGAGAAGAUGUCAUAAUUACCACCAAGAAUGGAAAAAUCAGAGGGAUGAACUUGCCAGUUCUUGGUGGCACAGUAACAGCCUUUCUUGGAAUCCCCUAUGCACAGCCACCUCUUGGUAGACUUCGAUUCAAAAAGCCACAGUCCUUGACCAAGUGGCCCAAUAUUUGGAAUGCCACAAAAUAUGCAAAUUCUUGCUAUCAGAACACAGAUCAAAGUUUCCCAGGCUUCCUUGGAUCAGAGAUGUGGAACCCAAACACUGACCUCAGUGAAGACUGUUUAUAUCUGAAUGUGUGGAUUCCAGCACCUAAACCAAAAAAUGCUACUGUAAUGAUAUGGAUCUAUGGUGGUGGUUUUCAGACUGGGACAUCAUCUUUGCAUGUUUAUGAUGGCAAGUUUCUGGCACGGGCUGAAAGAGUUAUUGUGGUUUCAAUGAACUAUAGGGUGGGUGCCCUAGGAUUCUUAGCUUUACCGGGAAAUCCUGAGGCACCAGGAAACACGGGCUUAUUUGAUCAACAGUUGGCCCUUCAGUGGGUCCAAAAAAAUAUAGCAGCCUUUGGUGGAAAUCCUAAGAGUGUAACUCUCUUUGGAGAAAGUGCAGGAGCAGCUUCAGUUAGCCUUCAUUUACUUUCUCCUAGAAGCCACCCAUUGUUUACCAGAGCCAUUCUGCAAAGUGGAUCCUCUAAUUCCCCUUGGGUAGUGACAUCUCUUUCUGAAGCUAGGAACAGAACAUUGACUUUAGCUAAAUUUAUUGGUUGUUCUAGAGAAAAUGAGACUGAGAUAAUCAAAUGUCUUCGAAAUAAAGAUCCCCAGGAAAUUCUUCUGAAUGAAGUAUUUGUUGUCCCUUAUGGUACGCUCUUGUCAGUAAACUUUGGUCCAACUGUGGAUGGUGAUUUUCUCACUGACAUGCCAGACACACUACUCCAACUUGGACAGUUCAAAAAAACCCAGAUCUUGGUGGGUGUUAACAAAGAUGAAGGGACAGCAUUUUUAGUAUACGGUGCUCCUGGUUUCAGCAAAGAUAACAAUAGUAUUAUAACUAGAAAAGAAUUUCAAGAAGGUUUAAAAAUAUUUUUUCCGGGAUUGAGUGAAUUUGGAAAGGAAUCGAUCCUUUUCCACUACAUGGACUGGUUAGAUGAUCAGAGAGCUGAAAACUACCGUGAGGCCUUGGAUGAUGUUGUUGGGGAUUAUAAUAUCAUAUGCCCUGCCUUGGAGUUCACCAAAAAGUUCUCGGAUAUGGGAAACAAUGCCUUUUUCUACUAUUUUGAACACCGAUCCUCCAAACUCCCUUGGCCAGAAUGGAUGGGAGUGAUGCAUGGUUAUGAGAUUGAAUUUGUCUUCGGUUUACCUCUGGAAAGAAGAGUUAAUUACACAAAAGCUGAGGAAAUUUUGAGUAGAUCCAUUAUGAAACGCUGGGCAAAUUUUGCAAAAUAUGGAAAUCCAAAUGGGACCCCAAACAAUAGUACAAGAUGGCCUGUCUUCAAAAGCAAUGAACAAAAAUAUUUAACCUUGAAUACAGAGUCACCAAGAGUAUACACUAAACUACGUGCUCAACAAUGCCGAUUCUGGACACUAUUUUUUCCCAAAGUCUUGGAAAUGACAGGAAAUAUUGAUGAAGCAGAACGAGAAUGGAAAGCAGGAUUCCAUCGGUGGAACAAUUACAUGAUGGACUGGAAAAAUCAAUUUAAUGACUACACUAGCAAGAAAGAAAGCUGUGCAGGUCUCUAAUUAAUAGAUUUACCCUUUAUAGAACAUUCUUCUUCCUGUAGAUCAAGGCAAAAAUAUCUGAGGCUCUCUUACACACCUGUUAAGAAAGCUAUUAUAUAGCUGAAACAAAAAUGCCAGAAGGAUAAUAUCGAUUUCUCACAUCUUUCACUUAGUAUUGUACCUAGCAUUUCAAAACCCGAAUGGCUAGAACAAGUUUAAUUAAAUUUCACAUUAUAAAGUUUCACAAUUAAUUAUAUGCAUAUUAAAACAAUUUGUAACUUCAAACUCUCUCUUUCCCGAAUAACUUUAAGAUUUUUUUUUCCCCUAAGAAGUAUCUGUGUUCUUUCUCCAGUCUCAACUUUAUUUUCAUUGCCACUCAUAAAAGGUAUCUUUUAAAAAUGGAAAAGGUCUUGAAACAUUAGAUACUAUAAUUUACAAUAUUAUUUCCUUUAAUUAAUUUAUGCAUUUAAUGUUAAUAUGAUAUAUUAAAACAAAUAGAAAAUAAUUGG